AAACUGAUAAAUUCAAAACGAUUUCGGAUUGCAAGUGAAGGUUCUUCAGUGCAAACGCUAUUUCCCAAUAGAAGCUCGUACAAGUUCUUGUCUCGCUAGCCUCGAGUGCCUAAAAGCCUGAAAUGUCAUCGACUACUGCCGUAAAUGUAGAUGGCAUCCAAUUCAAUCGCGACGACCUUUUGGGAAGUGGUGGCUUCGGUUCAGUGUAUCGAGGUAAAUAUAAAAAUCAAAGUAUAGCAGUAAAAAGAAUUCUGAAGAUAAAUGGCAAAGAUCAAGUAGCUGACAACGAGCUAAAUAAUCUGAAGCAGUUAGACCAUCCCAAUAUAGUUAAACUACUUCACUCGGCAAGUGAUGUCGACUUCAAUUAUUUGGCUUUGGAAUUGUGCGACGCAUCAUUGGAUCAGGUGUUCCUAAAUGAGGACGAUUCUCGGAGAUAUAAAGGACCUGCAUUACCAAAUAAUUUCGAGGUUUUCUCCCAAUUAGCCUCCGGUCUCGAUUACAUUCAUUCAAAGAAUGUAAUCCAUCGGGACAUUAAACCGGGCAAUAUUCUCAUUUCUGUGAAACAUACUGACCAAGGAGAAGAGAUAACGAUCAAGUGGGCUGAUUUUGGAUUGUCACGAGAAGUGAGUGAACGCGGAACAUUCACAAUGAGUGGAGUCAAAGGGACUCAAAUUUGGUUCUCUCCCGAAGAGAUGGAAAUUAUAGGCGGAAACCUACGCAUCGAAGAAACGAGAGGCUCCAUCCAAAGCGACGUAUACGCAGAAGGCCUCGUCUUCGGUUAUAUUCUUUUGAAAGGAAAACAUAUCUAUGGCGAAAAUGAUAUAGAAAGUGGAAAAAACAUCAUGAAAAACAAACCAGUCAAUAUGAAUAAAAUUCAUCACAGGCAUUUAGCCCGUAACUUAAUAGAACAAAUGCUGAUCAAGACACCUUACGAAAGAAUUACAUCCAAACAAGUUGUUGAUCAACUUCAAUCCAUAAAAAUCAAACUUACGGAAGGAGAAAAAAAUCUGCAUCGGUUGUGUGCAGAUCAACGUCCAACGCCAAAUUUAAGCAUAUUAGAACAAUGGCUAUUCGAAUAUGCAAGAGAUUUAAGGAAUGAUAUCAAAUCUUUAAUGCAACUCGGUAUCGACGUAAACGCAAAGAACGAAGAUGGAUGGAAUGCGCUUCAUCUUUUGUGUCGAUUCAAUUCAAGCCAAAACUUAAUCGAUGCGAUUAAACUCUUAGUCGAACUCGGCAUCGACCAAAACGCAAAAACCAACCAGGGAUCCAGCGCCCUUCAUUUUUUGUGUCGAUACAGUUCAAGCCCACACUUAAUCGAUGCGAUUGAACUCUUGAUCCAACUCGGCAUCGACAUAAACGCAAAGGACAACAAUGGAUUGAAUGCGCUUCAUCUGUUAUGUCGAUUCAGUUCAAGCCCACACUUAAUCGAUGCGAUUAAACUCUUGAUCGAACUCGGCAUCGACAAAAACGCAAAAACCAAAGAUGGAUCCAAUGCACUUCAUCGUCUGUGUUCUAACAAUUCAAGCCCACAUUUAAUCGAUGCGAUUGAACUCUUGAUCCAACUCGGCAUCGACCUAAACGCAAAGGACAACGAAGGGUCGAAUGCGCUUCAUCUUUUGUGUUUUAUCAGUUCAAGCCCACACUUAAUCGAUGCGAUUAAACUCUUGAUCGAACUCGGCAUCGACAAAAACGCAAAAACCAAAAAUGGAUCCAAUGCACUUCAUCUUCUGUGUCCUUACAAUUCAAGCCCACAUUUAAUCGAUGCGAUUGAACUCUUGAUCCAACUCGGCAUCGACCUAAACGCAAAGGACAACAAUGGAUUGAAUGCGCUUCAUCUUUUGUGUUUUAUCAAUUCAAGCCCACACUUAAUCGAUGCGAUUAAAGUCUUGAUCGAACUCGGCAUCGACCAAAACGCAAAAACCAAUGCUGGAAUGAAUGCGCUUCAUUUUUUGUGUCUUAAAAAUUCAAGCCCCCACUUAAUCGAUGCCAUUGAACUCUUGAUCCAACUCGGCAUCGACCUAAACGCAAAGGACAACAAUGGAUUGAAUGCGCUUCAUGCUUUGUGUUCUCACAAUUCAAGCCCACACUUAAUCGAUGCGAUUAAACUCUUGAUCCAACUCGGCAUCGACCUAAACGCAAAGGACAACAAUGGAUUGAAUGCGCUUCAUGCUUUGUGUUCUCACAAUUCAAGCCCACACUUAAUCGAUGCGAUUAAACUCUUGAUCCAACUCGGCAUCGACCUAAACGCAAAGGACAACAAAGGGUCGAAUGCGCUUCAUCUUUUCUGUUAUUUCAGUUCAAGCCCACACUUAAUCGAUGCGAUUAAACUCUUGGUCGAACUCGGCAUCGACAAGGAGACAAAAACCAAUGCUGGAUUGAAUGCGCUUCAUGUUUUGUGUCGAUUCAAUUCAAGCCCACACUUAAUCGAUGCGAUUAAACUCUUGAUUGAACUCGGCAUCGACAAAAACGCAAAGACUUACUUUAGAUGGAAUGCACUCGACUUGUGUCGGCGUAAUAAAAAUCUUGCAAAUUGCAACGUGGACGAAAUCUUUGAAACCGUAUGAAUUUUAAAAAAUGUUAAGGCUGUUCAGAAG